CGCUUCCGGCCGCUCGAGGAUGGAGGCGCGCGUGGCGCAGUGGGAAGCGCGGCUGGCGCGGCAGGAGAACGAGAUCAAGUUGUUGAGUGCUGAAGUUGAGCGUCUGAAGAACUUUGGCUGCUUGGGAGCCUCCCUGAGCCUGGAGGGGCUGCGGGACGAGAACGCCAAACUCAAGUAUCGCUUAAACUUCCUUCGAAAGAGCCUUCAAGACGAAAGAAGUAAAACGGCAAAAAGCAUGAUUAAUAUCAACAGCUGUCUUCAGGAGAUCUUUGGAGCUGCCAUUCAGGCUGCCUACCCAGAGUUAGCAAACCCUCCACUGGUGGUGACUCCAAGUCAACAGCCCAAGUUUGGGGAUUACCAGUGUAACAGCGCCAUGGGCAUAACACAGAUACUGCUCAAAACCAAGGAGCAGAAAGUGAGCCCAAGAGAAAUUGCUGAGCAAAUAGUCAAAAAUAUUCCUGCCAACGAAUGCAUUGAGAAGGUUGAAAUUGCUGGUCCUGGUUUUAUCAAUGUCCACUUGAGAAAGGAUUUUGUUUCGAAGCAGCUGAGCAGUUUAUUGGUGAAUGGAGUUCAACCCCCAGCUAUUGGCAGAAGGAAGAAGGUGGUGGUGGAUUUUUCUGCCCCUAACAUUGCAAAGGAGAUGCAUGUUGGCCACCUGCGUUCUACCAUCAUUGGAGAAAGCAUGAGCCGGCUCUUCGAGUUUGCAGGUCAUGAUGUUCUGAGGUUAAACCAUUUAGGAGAUUGGGGCACCCAGUUUGGAAUGCUCAUUGCUCACCUCCAAGACAAAUUCCCAGAUUACUUAACUGUUUCUCCUCCCAUUGGGGAUCUCCAGGCUUUUUACAAGGAAUCCAAGAAGAGAUUUGACACAGAGGAGGAGUUUAAGAAACGUGCCUACCAAUGUGUGGUGCUGCUGCAGAGCAAGAACCCCGACUUCAUUAAAGCCUGGCAGCUCAUCUGUGACGUGUCACGGAAAGAGUUCCAGAAAAUCUACAAGUGCUUGGACAUCACACUGAUAGAGAGAGGAGAAUCGUUCUACCACGACAUGAUGAAAGACAUCGUGAAAGAAUUUGAAGAUAAAGGCUUUGUCCAGGUUGAUAAUGGCCGGAAGAUCGUGUUUGUCCCGGGUUUCUCUGUGCCCUUGACCAUCGUGAAGUCAGAUGGAGGUUACACCUACGACACCUCGGACUUGGCUACCCUGAAGCACCGGCUGUACGAAGAGAAGGCUGACGUCAUCAUUUAUGUUGUGGAUAGUGGCCAGUCGAUGCAUUUACAAACAGUGUAUGCAGCUGGACAGAUGAUUGGCUGGUACGAUCCCAAAGUAACCAGAGUGGUCCAUGCUCCCUUUGGAGUGGUGCUGGGAGAAGACAAGAAGAAAUUCAAAACUCGUUCUGGGGACACAGUGCGUCUCAUGGAUCUGCUGGAGGAAGGGCUGAGACGGGCCAUGGACAAGCUGAAGGACAAGGAACGGGACAAGGUCCUCACAGCAGAAGAGCUGCAAGCUGCCCAGACAUCAGUGGCUUUUGGGUGUAUCAAAUACGCAGACCUGUCCCACAACAGGCUCAACGAUUACGUCUUCUCCUUCGACAAGAUGCUGGAUGACCGCGGGAACACGGCUGCCUACCUGCUCUACGCCUUUACCCGCAUCAGGGCUAUUGCUCGCCUAGCCAACAUUGACGAGCAGAUGCUGCGGAAGGCAGCCAGGGAGGAGGUGCUCAUCCUGGACCAUGAGAAGGAGUGGAAGCUGGGCAAGUGCAUCCUGAGGUUCCCUGAGAUCUUGCAGAAGAUCCUGGAGGACUUGUUGUUGCACACGCUCUGUGACUACCUUUAUGAGCUGGCCACCACCUUCACUGAGUUCUAUGACAACUGCUACUGCGUUGAGAAGGACAGGCAGAGUGGUCAGGUCGCAAAGGUGAACAUGUGGAGGCUGCUGCUGUGUGAAGCCACUGCCAUGGUCAUGGCCAAAGGAUUCGACAUCCUGGGGAUUAAGCCUGUGCAGAGGAUGUAGCUGUGCCCUGGGGGGUGACAAUAAAGGGACUAAACAACU